ACAAGUGUGUAUAAAAAGGACAUUUCGUUCAGUCGUCGACUUUGUUAAUUAAGCGAAACUGCGACGCAAAAUAGCGGAACGAAUUUCCUUUCACCGAAGUGAAAAACGUUUCCAUUUUCCGCUGCAAGAAAGUAUUCAGAAAGUAAAACAUACUGCUCGUCGUUUAAGUGCAUGCAGAACAAUAGUGCAUCUGAAUGAAUGAAAAUUUAAUGUUAGCGCGUAACCAGUGAGCCAAAAUCGAAGGACGUGUGUUGUGUGUAAUCUUUGAUUCGCUGAAAGUCCUGGGACUCAGUGCUAAUUCAUCCUGGGACUUGCCUGUUCCACAGCUGCGAAAAAUCCGAGAGGCUGUAAAUGCAUUACGCAGGUGGACGGGACACCGCACACCGUAAAUAAUUGAAGACAAGGCAGUGAAAAUGGUAAAUUGAAGAUUGCACAAUUUUGAAAUUUCUAUCGGAGAUCAUGUCAAACCUCCUCUACAUGGACAAGUCGAAUGGCAAUGGCGUCUAUGCGGUUAGGCCCAACAGCAGCAAUGGCCACAUGGACAACGAUAAUGGCCUAAGCGGGGCAGGUGCGCCUGCCACCACCUCGGCCACCACAGCGGCAACAACUGGAGCAGGUGCAGCCCUGAUGGCCACAGCUAACAACAUAAACAUAAUGAACGGGGCUGCCGCCGCAGCCGCAGCUUCCGCUUCCGGUCUGCCCACUUCCGCUUCCAGCGAGGACCUCAGCCAAAGCCUGUCCGAGUACACAGAUGCCGACGAGAGCAUAUCCGCGCCCACUGAGUUUCUCGCCGAGUUCCUGUCCGCCGUGAUGCUAAAGGACUACAAAAAGGCAUUGAAAUAUUGCAAAUUGAUACUGCAAUACGAGCCCGACAACGCGACGGCCAAAGAAUUCUAUCCCCUCAUCCUGGAUAAGUUGCGGGCAGUGGCCACGUCCAGCGACAGCGAUGAGAACUACAAUAAAUCUUCAUCGCCCGACUUGGCUUUGGAUCUGCAUGCAUCGGAUGUGGAGGCGGAUGUGGACGGGGACGAAGCAGGAGAUGCAGACGUGGAUGGGGAUGGGGAUGCGGAUGCAGAUGGCGAUGGCAGCGAGAGCAGCAACAAUUGUUCCGAGGAGGAGGAUAAUGGAUGGGGCGAUGAUGAGAUUGACAACGUGGAUGUGAUGGAUGGCGAGGAGGAGAGCAGCAGCAGUGGCGAUGACUUCGACUUGCCCAUCGACGAUGCAGGUCAGGAUCCAGCUGCUCUGGCAGCUCACGCCCACCAUUCCCAUACCCACUCGCACUCCCAUUCCCACAACGAUUCUGGAUCCUCAAGGAAUUCAUCGAGCGGCGGAGGAGGACGCAGCGACAACACCACACAUUCCUACUCCAGUUUGCUCCUGGAGGAGGAGGACGAUAUUGUGCCCGUGAGCCUUAACUUUGGCCUGAAGGAAAACACAGCUGCGGACCUGGACGUCAGCAAUGGCAACAAAAUACCCUCCGCCUCCUGCAGCGACUCCGAAUCCCCGACAGAACCGCUCACCCAACGCCUGGCGGCCAUCCUGCGCUCCAAGUGCGGCGUAUCCGGUGGUGGGUCAGAUGAGACCUAUUAACUCCAUAUACUCGUAUACUCGUAUAUACUCAAUCCGACACUGUGCAGAAAUUAUUUUGCAGUGGACAAUGCUGGCGAUUUGUUAUGGAAUGGAGUUUGAUUUCUUACCUGCUGCACAGGGACCUCUAUAUAUUCUUGUAUAACUAUAUAAACACACUCCACCCUUUGCCGGCUAGUUUUUCCACUAGUACGAUCGCUUUACGAACCUAGAAACCGUCCCUAACUGCAUACUCUCGUAUCUCGUAUCUUGUAUCUUCACUUGCAAAGUUUUCUCCCUAGGACAAACAUAUCGUACAAACUCAAUAAGUACUUAAUAUACAUCAAUACCUAUUUAUACUACAUAUUGUACAUGUUUAGCCUAGAUACAGCCACAGAGCCCAAUAAAGAUAUACUCGAUACAGUAAGCUGAACAUGGCUUACAAGGAUUAGGUGGUGAUUAUACACUCACGCGGCAUGCGAAGCCGAAUCAAUAUAGAUUUACAUAGAUUUACAAGUAUAUAUUUUAGUAAGACACCCAUUCAGAACGCACAGGACUCGGAAUGCUUUACAUUUUUGCAUUUGAUAGAGAUCGAUUUUUUCCCCAGGAUAUAGAAAGCGAGUUACAGAGCCAAGGAUAAGUCUGAUAAGUCUAUAAAACAGACAGAGGAGGAACGAACGAUCGUAGAACUACAACUGAAAUGGUCCAAAGUCACAAACUACGUAGAAGAUUGUAAAUAGAUAUAUUUUGUAUCAAUUAGGCCUGUACUAGAGUCUAUAUAUUCGUUCGAUUCUGUUGUAUAAGUUAAUCAGGGACAAACUCUAAAAACUCCCCCAGUAAUAAACCUUAUAUUUAAUAUUAUUCAUAUAAAUAUUUGUAUCUGAUAUGUGUAGCUCUUGGAUAAGUUUUCCUAACUGUAUUGUUGAAUUAUAUAAUCCAGAAGGUCUGAAUGUUUACGGAAGACAAUUGUAAUAAAAGUGGCAAGAAAGCUGGAA